AUGCCGCUCUGUCUCACCUUCAUCGACUUGAAAAAAGCCUUCGACUCAGUUGAGACGGAAGCGGUCGUGGAAGCCCUGGACAACCAAGGCGUCCCUACUCAGUACAUAAAGGUACUUCGAGAGUUGUACAAGAGGGUCCGACAGGAUGAUACAAUUUCACCUAAAAUAUUCACAGCCACUCUCGAGAACGCAGUGCGAAAGUUGGAAUGGGACGACAUGGGAGUGAAGGUUGAUGGUCGGCAGCUACACCAUUUGCGCUUUGCUGAUGACAUCGUACUGAUAACACCCAGCAUCAGCCAAGCGGAACGAAUGCUGACCGAAUUCGACGAAACAUGUGGAUGCAUCGGCCUUCAGCUGAAUCUACAAAAGACGAUGUUCUUGCAAAACGGAUGGGUCUCGGAUGCCCCAUUCACGCUCAACGGAACGAACAUAUCCGAAUGCACCAGCUACGUUUAUCUGGGUCGGGAACUGAACAUGAUGAACGACCUGACCCCCGAGCUGGACAGGAGGAGACGAGCGGCUUGGGUAGCGUACAAGAGCAUCGAGGAUGUAGUGAAGAAUACCAGGAACACCCGGCUCCGCGCUCACCUCUUCAACACCACCGUACUUCCUGCUUUGACUUAUGCUUCGGAAACCUAG